UUGAGCUGUCUCCUAGACAAAGCCUUGUGCACCUUCCCUAACAGAGGGUCUAACCAAGCAGGCAGGAUGGGGUUAUAAAGUAGGUGGGGAGGUGGAAGAGACUCCACCUUCCCAGGUGGGCUGAGAACAGAGGUAAGGCCCUGCAACAGGACGGAGGGAAAGUGGGGAUGAGAGAUGAGAGGCGAGAUAGCACCUCCCCAUCUCCUGGGAGGCUGGGCUCUCUGCUGUCUUUGCCUCCACUGACCAACCACCAUCUGUUCUUGCUCAGCCCCCUCCUCCAUUUGCCACUGACCUGUUGGCCUCCGCCAACCUCUGAGCCUGCUUCUGCCUGGGUAAUUUCCCAAGACCUAGGAGGGGUGAGGGGUGAGGUGUGAUUGCCCCCAUCCCUUUGCCUCCCACAGCAUCUGCUCUGGGACCAUGAACAAUAGCUGACAGCUCCAUGGCCUUUGCUGUCCCCAUCUCAGCUUCCCUGGGCAUCCAAACCUCAGCUGCCCUGGGGUAAGAGGACGGGCUGAGGAAGCAGAAGCCUGAGGCUGUCUAGAGUCUCACUCUUGCAUCAGCAGGCCACCACCUGUGUUUCCUCCUUGUGCAAAUUUGAAAAGAAUUGCAUGAAACACUGGAGAAAUCCAAGAGGGGAAGUCCAUAAGAGCGGUGGUUCCCUAAGUGAUCACAGAGCAAGCUGGUGCCAGAGCCUGGACCUAGAGUGCUGUUGGUGGGAAGCAGGAGGAGGGUCCUGCCUCCAGGAAUAGAUGGACAUGGCCUGGCAGAUGAUGCAGCUGCUGCUUCUGGCUUUGGUGACUGCUUCGGGGAGUGCCCAGCCCAGGAGUGCACGGGCCAGGACGGACCUGCUCAAUGUCUGCAUGAACGCCAAGCACCACAAGGCACAGCCCAGUCCCGAGGACGAACUGUAUGGCCAGUGCAGUCCCUGGAAGAAGAAUGCCUGCUGCACGGCCAACACCAGCCAGGAGCUGCACAAGGACACCUCCCGCCUCUACAACUUUAACUGGGACCACUGUGGUAAGAUGGAGCCCGCCUGCAAGCGCCACUUUAUCCAGGAUGGCUGUCUCUAUGAGUGCUCACCCAACCUGGGGCCCUGGAUCCGGCAGGUCAACCAGAGCUGGCGCAAAGAGCGCAUCCUGAAUGUGCCCCUGUGCAAAGAGGACUGUGAGCGAUGGUGGGAGGACUGUCGCACCUCCUACACCUGCAAAAGCAACUGGCACAAAGGCUGGAAUUGGACCUCAGGGAUUAAUGAGUGUCCGGCCCGGGCCCUCUGCCGCACCUUUGAGUCCUACUUCCCCACUCCAGCCACCCUUUGUGAAGGCGUCUGGAGCCACUCCUUCAAGGUCAGUAACUACAGUGGAGGGAGCGGCCUCUGCAUCCAGAUGUGGUUUGACUCAGCUCAGGGCAACGCCAAUGAGGAGGUGGCCAAGUUCUAUGCUGCGACCAUGAAUGCUGGGGCCCCGUCCCGUGGGGGAUUAUUGGUUCCUGAUCCAAGAAGGGUCCUCUGGGGUUCUUCUGACAACCUAUUCUACUAGACAAAUCCACGUGU